UCGGUGCUCAUAGUGUUCGAAAAAAGUGUCGAUUCCGGAGCCAAGCUUUGAUCCGUCGACUAUUAAUUAGUUUCAUUCCUCUAUAUCAAUUAUGAAGGGCUAAGCUGAAAAUGUUCUUCAGCUUUGGUCUAUUGUCUGCGAUUUUUGUGUUCUGGGCAUUGCUGUAAUCAUGAAUUGAUUCAACGGUUUUGCUUUUCUUUGCACUGUCUUCUUCUACAAAAUCAUGGGCGAUAGUCAAUACUCAUUCUCUUUGACCACUUUUAGUCCUUCUGGAAAACUUGUUCAGAUAGAACAUGCUCUGACAGCUGUUGGCUCUGGACAAACAUCUCUCGGAAUUAAAGCUGCAAAUGGUGUUGUCAUUGCAACAGAGAAGAAAUUGCCAUCUAUACUUGUUGAUGAAGCAUCGGUACAGAAAAUUCAGAUAUUAACACCAAAUAUCGGUGUUGUUUAUAGUGGCAUGGGUCCUGACUUUCGGGUUUUGGUUCGAAAAAGUAGGAAGCAGGCUGAGCAGUAUCACCGGCUAUAUAAAGAACCAAUCCCUGUCACUCAGCUUGUAAGGGAAAUUGCUGCUGUUAUGCAGGAGUUCACUCAAUCUGGUGGUGUCAGGCCAUUUGGAGUGUCCCUUCUAGUUGCUGGAUUUGACGAUAAAGGUCCACAAUUAUUCCAGGUGGAUCCAUCGGGUUCAUAUUUUUCCUGGAAAGCGUCUGCUAUGGGGAAGAAUGUUUCUAAUGCAAAGACUUUUCUUGAGAAGAGAUACACUGAGGAUAUGGAGCUUGAUGAUGCUGUCCACACAGCCAUAUUGACUCUGAAGGAAGGGUAGGAGCAAGUCACUUUGAUUUUUUUUUUUUUUAAUUUUACCAUCCGUUAGGUCCAAAAGACAUUUCAUGUCUAUUUGCUGUUUCGUUU